AACGAUAUCAUCUCGGCCUGCAACAAUCGGUUACCAGUUAGCCACAGUUGAUCCUUAUUCUACCACAGCGCUGAGUCCAAAGAGUCCAAAGAAAAACCCACACAUUUCACAAAAUGGUGGCUGCCGAACCUACCCCAGAGACGAUUGCUAUUGUCAAAUCAACAGUUCCUAUCCUGCGCGAGAAUCUGACGGAAGUCAUUACCCGCUUCUAUGAGAACCUUUUCUCUACGUAUCCGGAGCUCAAAAAGCAGUUCAACAUGGAUCGCCAUCGCGGAGGCACUGUGAAGGAGGAGAACGGAAUUCCGAAGCAAGUCGCGGCCCUAGGUGGUGCUGUCAUUUCCUACGCGAAGAAUAUUGACAGGGUUGAGGCUUUGCUACCAGUCGUUGAGCGCAUUUCACACAAGCACGUGAGCCGCGGUGUUUCCGCCGCGCAGUACGACAAAAUUGGGGAGUGCUUAUUGAGAGCGAUGAAGGACAUCUUGGAGGAAGCCAUCACCGAGGACAUUCACAACGCUUGGGCAGAGGCGUACGGGUUUUUGGCUAGCGUAUUCAUCAACAUGGAGACUAAACUCACGGAGGAAUUGUCAGAAAAAGCUGGGUAUUCUGGGUUUGUGCCCAUGAGCGUGGUGGGGAUGGAGACGGACGAGGAUGGAAGUAAACGACUCUCCCUGAAGUCUGAAGAGUUUGGAACGCCGCAGCAUGGUCCUGGGCAAUAUGUUGCCGUCGUGAUUGAGAAGGAGGGAUUGGAACCAACGAUGACCAGUAUGGCGACAGUCAGGGAGGAUGAAGAAAAUACGUUGUGGAUCUAUGUUCCCGACAGUCAGGAGGAAUCGACUCGCUAUUUGCUCGACGUCGUCGAACUUGGAUCCGUAAUCAAAGUUUCCGUGCCGUGCGGAAAGGUCAAGUAAUGUACAGUAUGUUCAUAUGUCCAAGCCUGCGUAAUUCAUGUCCAGUAGAGGACGUUCUGUGUAAUUCCUGAUAAUCUUUCCGAGUUGAAGAGACCGCAGCUGAAGCAUUCUUGUAGACAAGUAUUCCGAAGAAUAAAGAAACCACGAUUGGAGCAACUGUUA